UUUAUACGAGAUGCAUGUACGAUGAUGAGAUGAGAAAAAUAAAAGAAAGAAAGUGGUACGGCGACCUGGUAAAUCGGAUACGGUUCCUCUUUCAUUUUUUACGUUAAAAUUCCAUCUUCUCUUCUUUCCUCUAUGCCAUGAUUUCAUCUUCCUAAUUCCCAGUUAAUUGCGAUGGAUUCGAGUACGCCUCAGGAAUUCGAUUAUGUGUUCAAACUGUUGAUGAUUGGAGACUCCGGUGUUGGCAAGAGUAGUCUCCUCCUCUGUUUCACUUCUGAUUCUUUCGAAAAUCUAUCUCCCACAAUCGGUGUUGAUUUUAAGGUCAAAUACUUCACUAUAGACGGUAAAAAGUUGAAGCUUGCCAUUUGGGAUACAGCUGGUCAAGAGAGAUUCAGAACACUAACUAGUUCUUAUUAUCGAGGCGCUCAAGGGAUCAUUAUGGCUUACGAUGUUACUCGACGAGAUACAUUUACAAAUCUCUCAGAAGUAUGGGCUAAGGAAGUAGACCUUUAUUCAACAAAUCAGGACUGCAUCAAGAUGCUUGUUGGAAACAAAGUUGAUAAGGAGAGUGACAGAGUUGUGACAAAGAAAGAGGGAAUAGACUUUGCAAGGGAAUAUGGUUGCCUGUUUAUUGAAUGCAGUGCCAAGACUCGAGUUAACGUACAACAUUGCUUUGAAGAGCUAGUUUUGAAGAUUUUGGACACACCUAGCCUCCUAGCCGAAGGUUCUAAAGGGAACAAAAAGAACAUUUUCAAGGACAAGCCCCAGUCCGAUGCAUCCACAAGUGGUUGUUGCUAAGAAGAUGCCAUUUCACUCAAAGUUAAAACUCAGUAGUGUCGAUGAAGAUUGCAAAGAAAAGGGUGUUCGUCGAAUACAUUUUCAGAAUCAGAGUUCUAACACACGCUAGCUUAUUGGUUAUUUAGCAGCAGCUGAAGUGUUAAAAAGCAAAGAACCCAGGCUCCUGAUUUGUCUGGAAUAUUUGUAAUAUAAUGAUUAUGGUUUUUUAUUUAUUUGGAUUUUGAUGUUAUUAUAUGUUAUGGAAUCCAACUUUAGUUGUAUACAAUGUUUGGACACUUCGUUUUUA